UACUGUAAGCGGAAACGCUUGUAUUCGACUUUACACGUUAUUGUUUGUUCUUGAUAGCUGGCGUUUAAAGUUGGUUUUCAUUAAGUUAUAAACGAGUUCCUGUGGUCGGCUUCAGAUCUGGGGACAGAUUUUUUUUUUAUAAACGUUUAUUUUUAAAGCCAUCUGAACGAAAGUUCUUAUUCCUGCAAUUUGCUGACUUUAUAGUCAGGGAGGAUGUUUCAUCAGCAUGGGAUGACUUACCACUGAUUCUGUGACCAACUGUAUUUCUUCAGUAAUGCCCUGUAUGGAAAUCUCCUAAACUGCACAUAGCAGCAUCUACAUUCGCUGCUGCUGUGGUCACAUCGGCAAAAUCAUGAUUAUUUGUACAGCCGUCAAAAAGGUUUCGCGAAGGUGCAAAUAUGCUGUUGUGAUUGGUCUCUUGUUGUCAGUCCUGGCUUGGAAGGCCAGCUUUACUGGGAACACUAACAGGACCAUUGAUGAUAGCGUUGCUACAUCACAAACUCCUGUAAAAGAAGACAAACUGAGGGGUGAACUUAACUCAAGGAUCGCAGAACCCAGUCACUCAAAUAUCUCAGCAGAAAAAGAUGAGUGUCCAGAGAAGUCUCCAUUGCUAGUGGGAGCUUCGAAGCUGACCUUUGAAUCUUCAUUGAACCUCAAGGACGUAGAAAAGGAAAACAAAGUAGUGACUGAAGGAGAGUAUGAGCCCUCAGACUGUAAAGCAAGGCACAGCGUAGCCAUCCUCAUUCCACAUCGUAACCGGGAGAGACACCUCCUCUACCUCCUGCACCACCUGCAUCCCUUUCUGCAGCGGCAGCAGCUACACUACGCCAUCUACGUCAUCCAUCAGGCCGGUGAUGCAACUUUUAACAGAGCCAAGUUACUUAAUAUUGGAUAUUUGGAGGCAAUAAAAGAUUUUAGCUGGGAAUGCUUCAUCUUCCAUGAUGUGGACCUGGUUCCCGAGAAUGAUCACAAUUUAUACAUCUGUGACCAGCAGCCCAAACACCUGGUAGUCGGCCGCAAUGUCACCGGAUACAAACUCCGUUACAAAGGCUACUUUGGUGGAGUCACUGCCAUGACCAAAGACCAGUUUUUUCAAGUAAAUGGUUUCUCAAACAACUACUGGGGGUGGGGUGGAGAAGAUGAUGACCUUAGAGUGAGAGUUGAACAGCGAAAAAUGAAAAUUGUUCGUCCCCCUGCUAGCGUAGCGCGCUAUACCAUGGUGUUUCACAAACGAGACUCUGGAAAUCAGGUUAACAAAAACAGGAUGAGGUUAUUAGGACAAACGGCAAAGAUGUGGAGAGUUGAUGGACUCAACAGCUGCGUAUAUGACACUUUAUCAGUCGGGAGGUAUCCUCUCUAUGUGAAUAUCACAGUUAACAUUGGUCAGCCUUAGAGCUGAGGACUCUGAAAGAAAACAAGUCCUUAUCCUGACAACAUUUUCAGUUCAGGCCACAUCAAGAUCCUGAAUUUCCUCAAAGGGCAGAAUUUAUAAAUAAAACGACCUAUUAACAAAACAGUUUAAAUAUUAAUGUGGCCUGACAUGAUGCCAAGGCACAUUGCGACCGCCAAUUGGUCAGUUGCUGACAAGCCCACUGGAUGUAGGGUAAUGUCAGUACUUCUUAAAACUAAUUCAUAUUCAACAAUUCUUCACAUUGAUGUACUUUGGCACUAAAAACUAAUUUGGUUUGACUGGUAAAAUAAUAUUCAAGCACACAACCAGUAUCUUGAAGUUGUACUCAUGUCACCCUAUAGAGACAUGAGAGCCACAUAAACAGAUGUGACGGGCCAGAUUUGGCUCCCGGGCCUUGAGUUUGACACACAUUAUUUUCUAUGAGGUCGAGACCACUGUGUGCUGAAAGGUUAUUAGAUAACUGACAAACUAAAUUCUCUUUGGUGAGAUGAUAUUCCAGAUAUUUAGCACAGUUUUGCAUAUCCAUGUUUUAUUUCUUUAUGUUGUUAGGAAUGCAAUCUUCAUUCAUUGAAUUGUUAACUUCAGCUGUCAUUCCAGUAGUUUUUAAAUAUUUUUUCUAUACCAUUGUUACCUGUCAGACACUGAUUAAUUCACUCUUAUGCCUUAUUAUUUGCCUGUCUCUCCACCACUUCAUACUGGCUAGGUCCUUGUUUUGGCACCAGAGAAGCAACGAUUGGUUGUUGUAUGACUUAAAGUCAUAAUGUGUUGAUCUUGUAAUGUGAUGCUGAACAGGAUGCAGGAUGCAACCCAGGAUGCAGGUUUUCUUAGAGAGAGAGAGAUUACAUAGUGAGGCCAGCAGAGGUACACAUUGCCUAACAAUGUCUUAACAAGGAGGAAUUUAUACUAUUAGUUUUUUGCACAUGAAGUACCUCAAAUGUAAGCGGAUCGUUUGCAGUGCUAAGCAAAGGUAACAAUACCCUUGAAGGCUCUGUGUUGGGAAAGCUUUUCAAUUCCAGACUGAUCACAUCAUACCUCCAGCAGAAUCAGUUUAUGUUGCUGAUGUGUCACUAUUUAGUCUUAUUGGAAAUAGUAGCUACAGGUCUAAGAAAACCCAUUAGGUUGUUCAGAGCCCAUCCAACUGAUGAAGAUCUGACUGUGAUCACUUUGGUUACAGAUAAAGGAUUCAGAUUUGUAUCAGUUUGACAGCAAAUGACAAACAAAACCUCUUUUUCCUAGAUGGAAAAAAUAAACAUAUGUUACAAAUACAGUAAUAUCAGUAAUGGUUAGUAUGAAGUCAGAAAUGCGGUUGGAGAUGGUAGGAUUGGUUUUAAGUGGUGGAUUUGUUCCUUUUUAAAGGUAGUCUCAUACUGACACUGAUGUUUUUUACUUUGAAAUUUUGUCUUAUACUGGUAUAAAUAAAAGUUACAAUGACAUUGUAAGUUUUAUCACUCCAAGGUCAUUUCUAGUUAUAUUUAUACUUCUCUUGCAAUAAUAUAAAAAAAUCUGCUUUAGUAACUUAAGUGAUGAUUACAAUCAUAGGAAGUUUCUAUAAGAAGGUAGUUUAAUGAGCCAAAAUUAUUUUCUUUGUGAAACUAUUAUUUUCUUUGUUAAUAAACUAUUAUUUUCUUUGUUAAUAAACUAUUAUUUUCUUUGUAAUUUUAAAGCCUUAUAUACUUUGUUUCAUGUGGGACUUAAUAAUAGGUGAUGGAUUGCAUACCAAUUUGUAACUUUUAAAGAAAAUCAACAUUAUAAAACAUUGCUGAGGGAAAAUCUGCAUAUUUGCUUCUAUUGUAGCAUGUUUCUGACAUAUGUCAAAUUAUUUGAGUGAUUUUUUUAUUAUUAUUUUUAUAUCAUUUUAGAACAUGGGUGCUUUCAAAUUCUUUUUUCGAAACUGAAAGUUGUGCCCAUGCUAGCACUGUUACUGCUAACAGGUCACUCCUCGUAUGUUUUUGUGUCAGAAUCGCCAAAGGUUGCUUCUCAUUAAGGAAGCAUUUAUGUAUGAGAAACAAUUUUGCACACUUCAUAAAUUGGCAGUAUGCUGUAGUACUAGUAGUUUAGAACAUAUUUUAAACACUAAAUGUGUUUGGGUUUUUUUUACAUUUUUUUUCGGGCGGUAGAAUGAAUGUGUAGACCGGUAAAGAAAACCAUUUAGUUUUAAAACAACUUAGGUGACAUUUUAAAGUUUAAAACAAUGUUAUUUGAACUCUCAAAGAAUGUCUCUUGACCAAUUUUAUUUUCAAAGCUUUUUUUGGGUGGAUGUGUCAAAAGUGAGAUUGUUUUGUUGAGCCUAUUUUUUGUAUCUUUAGGUUUUUACAAGCGUAUAAUAAAAAUAGUUUCUCUAAUUGAUUCUACGGAUGUUUUCUGUUGUUGGUGCUUUAUUAAAGAGUUCUAAAACAGGUUUGCACAGUUCACCCCUUACUUAAUAUUCAAUAAAGAGGUGU